AUGUGGUUCCAGAAACAGUUCACCCUGCCGGCCCGUGCCCGGGGUUCUUACCUGAUCACCGACACGGUGCUUAAGGAGGUGCCCGAGAUUGGGUCGUACAAGGUCGGCUUGCUUAACCUGUUUAUUCAGCACACCAGCUGUGCGCUGAGCCUGAACGAGAACUGGGAUCCGGACGUCAGAGCAGAUAUGAGUGAUACGUUGGACAGGAUUGUGCCCGAGGCUGGGCCCAAGGGAGAAGCGCUAUAUCGGCACGAUGCGGAAGGACCUGAUGAUCUCCCCGCGCAUGUGAAAUCAGCAUUGAUCGGGGCAAGUGUGACGAUUCCCAUCAAGGAUGGCAAGCUGUGCACUGGGACAUGGCAAGGCAUCUGGUACCUCGAGUUCAGAGCGGCAAAGCACUCGCGCAGAAUAGUGGCGACCAUUCAAGGUGAGAAGGCGUGA